GGGAAGGUUUGGCGGGAGGGGAAAGGCCCUGCCCCUCUCAAGCAACUUUCUGCGCUCAGCUGCCGGAAGCCAGGCUUUGUCCUUUUGCUGCUGCUGCUGCUGCUGAGCCAUGGGGAAGCUGCUGGCGCUGGCCUUGCUGGGGAUCCUGGCCGCCUUGGUUGGGGAGCGGCUGCUGGCCUUUCGGCAUAGAAUUGGUGCUUCACGAGAACUGAAAGUAAAGCGGCUUCCAAAUUGCCACCUUAUUAAAGGAAUCGAGUUUGGUUCAGAAGAUAUUGACAUUCUUCCUAAUGGCCUGGCUUUCAUUAGUUCUGGCUUAAAAUACCCUGGGUUGCAAAGUUUUGCCCCUGAUAAAAGAGGAGAGAUAUUACUAAUGGAUUUAAAUGAAGAAAACCCUCGUCCAGUUGAGCUAAGAAUCAGCCGUGGCUUUGAUCUGGCAUCUUUUAAUCCUCAUGGGAUCAGCCUAUACAUUGAUGAGGAUGAUACUGUAUACCUCUUUGUUGUAAAUCAUCCCCAAAUCAAGACAACGGUGGAACUUUUCAAAUUUAUGGAGGAUGAUAAUUCCCUUGUGCACCUUAAAACUAUCAAGCAUGAGCUCCUGUCAAGUGUGAAUGAUAUUGUGGCUGUGGGCCCUGAUAGUUUCUAUGCCACCAACGAUUAUUACUUCACAGAAGCCAACUUGAAGACCUUGGAGAUGUUUCUGGGUUUGACUUGGACAAAUAUUGUUUACUACAGUCCAAAAGAAGUUAGAGAAGUGGCAGGAGGACUUUACUCUGCCAAUGGCAUUAACAUUUCACCGGACGGAAAGUAUGUCUACGUUGCUGAUAUAAUGGACCAUAGCAUUCAUGUUUUUGAAAAACAUGCCAAUUUGAGUUUGUCUCGUUUAAAGGUGUUCCAGUCAGACACCCUGAUUGAUAACAUAUCAGUUGAUCCUUACACUGGAGACAUUUGGGUAGGAUGCCAUCCCAAUGGCAUGAAGCUGAUCUUCUAUGAUCCAGAGAACCUUCCUGGUUCAGAGGUACUUCGCAUUCAAGAUAUUCUAUCUGAGAAGCCUACAGUCACCCAAGUGUAUAUUGAUGAUGGUUCAUUAAUUCAAGGGAGUUCAUCUGCUGCAGUGUAUAAUGGGCAUCUACUCAUUGGCACUGUAUUUCACAGAGCUCUCCACUGUGUCCUGGACUCUAGCAGUGGAAAAGGUCAGAGUAAUGUGAGCUGAGCUUUUUGCUCUAUCCAGGAGGUGCCUAACUUCAACUUACAUUGCAAAUUAAAAUAACAAGAUUUAUUCCUGACCUUUUUCACCCCCAGCAAAGAAGAAUAAUUUUUGUGUUCUUUUAAAUAAAAUAAUUUGUAUGAUUAAAAAAAAGCUAGAAGAACUGUGAUACUAGAAGAAAUCUUGGAUGUUUUAUUGUAUCACACUUUAACACUAAGCAGAUUUUUCUGGCUUUCAUAAAGAAGCAGACCCUGUGUUGCUAUUACUUUUCUUUUUUGGAGGGAAGGAGGCUGUCCAACUGUGACCCAGAUUUAACAGAAACAGAAGAUCAACUUUACAACUCAUUGAUGCUAAAUUCUGCAAAAGUGUGGAUUUCUUUUUCUUUUUGCAUCACAUACAUUUUAAAACUACAGUAUGUCUAAACUGAGAACAUUGGUCUUUCAGUGGAAUCAAGUGCUGCUCUUACUUUGUUUUUGUUUUCAUUUUCUGAUAUUUGACAUCUUAAGAAAUUCUAUAAGUUGGAUUCAGAUUUGUUAUUAUGUGCCUUCAAAGCAACUUCGGUAUAGUCUACACAUUUAAAAUACUCCUCAUCCCAGUCAAGUAGAAUGUGAUCUGGCCACAAGUGAUUCACAGGAAUUUGGGCUUUUUGCAGGGGUGGGGGACUCUUUGGAAAAAGACUACAUUGGUUUACCUUUUGUAUCUCUUGAAAUCUUCAAAAAUGUGCAUUAUCACACCUGUGGCCAUCCAUCUGCUUUGUAUGCAUUCAGAUGGCUGUGCAUUUUUGGCAGAGAGAAGGUUGAUGCUAAUAAAUGUGAAAUGUGAAGACCAUCA